AUGAUAGGAAGGGAAAAAGAUAAGGAAAAAAUGAUUGAGUCAUUGUUGAAUCCAACUGGGAAGACUGCACUUGCCCAGUUGGUGUAUAAUGAUGAAAAAGUUAAAAAUUACUUUGAAAGGAAGAUGUGGCAAUGUAUUUCUGAGGAAUUUGAUUUGAAAUUGCUUGUUAAGAAGAUCCUUGAAUGUGGAACUAAUAAUGAGGUGCCUAAUUUAUUAGGAUUAGAACAAUUGCAUAUUCGCCUUAAAGAGAAUUUAGAAGGGAAGAGGUAUUUGUUGGUGUUAGAUGAUGUAUGGAAUGAAGAUCAGAAAAAAUGGGAUGAUUUGAAAGCUUACUUGUUGAUGGGUGCCCCAGGGAGUAAAAUUUUAUUCACCACUCGUAGCACAAGAGUUGCAUUAGUCAUGGGUGUGGAUUCCCCAUAUGUUUUGCAAGGUCUAGCAGACAAUGAGGCUUGGGAUUUAUUUGACAAAUUAGCAUUUGGAGAGGGGCAUGGUGUAGUGAUGAAUCCCAACCUAAUAAAAAUUGGAAAAGAGAUGGUAAAGAAAUGUAAAGGAGUUCCACUUGCAAUAAGGAGUUUAGGAAGCCUCAUGCAUUUGAAAACUAAAGAGAUUCACGAAUUUGAUAAAGAAACAUUGAUUCGUUUGUGGAUAGCACAAAGAUACAUUGUUUGUUCAAGUAAGGAUGAUGAUUUAGAGGAUAUUGGAGAUCAAUACUUCAAUGAAUUAUAA